AUGGAAACACAAGGAAGAGAACAUGAAUGGUCAGAAACUACGCAAAUCAAAAAUGCGGAUGAAGAUUUUCAAGCACAGAUUUCAGAUAUGGAGAUUGGCUUAGCAGUUGGUGGUGCAUUUCUGUCUUCAGCUUUGGGUGUUCUCUUUGAUAGACUUGCUCCUCAUGGCGAUCUGCUCAAGAUGUUUCAGAAGAAUAAGCAUGAUGUUCGACUCUUAAAGAAGCUGAAAAUGACUUUGGUUGGCCUUCAGGCUGUGUUAAGUGACGCGGAGAAUAAGCAGGCAUCAAAUCAACACGUGAACCAGUGGCUAAAUGAACUUCGAGAUGCUGUGGACGGCGCUGAAAACUUAAUGGACGAAGAGAAGUUGGAAGACACCAUUGAAACAUUGGAGGAUUUGCAAAAGCAAAUUGGUAUCCUUGGCUUAAAGGAGCAUUUUGCUUCGACUAAACAAGAAACUAGAAGACAUUCAACUUCUUUGGUUGAUGAAUCUGAUGUCUUUGCUUGGUUUUGUGUGUCUGAACCAUAUGAUGCUUUUAGAAUAACAAAAGGGUUACUUCAAGAAAUUGGCUCAUUGCAGGUUGAUGACAAUCUUAAUCAGCUGCAAGUCAAAUUUAAGGAAAUCUUAAAGGGGAAGAGGUUUCUUAUUGUUCUGGAUGAUAUGUGGAAUGAAAACUAUAACGAGUGGAGUGACUUGUGGAAUGUUUUCGUUCAAGGAGGUAUUGGAAGUAAGAUCAUUGUGACGACACGUAAAGAGGGUGUUGCCUUGAUGAUGGGAUCUGAGCAAAUUAGCAAGGACACCUUGUCUAUUGAUGAUUCUUGGUCUUUAUUUAAAAGACAUGCAUUUGAAAACAUGAACCCUAUGGGACAUCUAGAAAUUGAAGAGGUCGGAAAACAAACUGCUUCUAAGUGCAAAGGGCUGCCCUUAGCUCUGAAGACGCUCGCUGGCAUGUUACGCUCCAAAUCAGAGGUUGAAGGUUGUGGACUGAUUUUGAAGUGUGUUUCGUGUUGUCCUUGUAAUUCUUGUAUCAAUGUUCUAGCCCAAAUUGCAUCUUCAAAACUUUGUGUUAGGUUGGAAGAGUGCCAAGGAUCUCAUAUGUUGGAACAAAGUUGGCAUAUGUCGUAUUCAAUGGGGGGAGGUGGUGACUUUGAGAAAUUGAAACCGCUUUCUAAGACAGAGCAGCUGAGGACAUUGCUUCCAAUCUCUUUCCGGUGCCAUAAGCUAAGCAAGAGGGUGCUGCAUAACAUACUGCCAAGUCUAAGAUCCUUAAGGGCAUUAUCAUUGUCACAUCAUGGGAUUGUGGAGCUGCCAAAUGAUUUGUUUAUCAAAUUAAAGCUCCUGAGAUUUUUGGACCUUUCUCGGACAGAGAUUAAAAAAUUGCCGGAUUCUAUAUGUGCUUUGUAUAACUUGGAGACACUUCUCCUGUCAUCUUGUUAUUUUCUUGAGGAGUUACCGCUGCAGAUUGAAAAGCUAAUCAACUUGCGGCACCUUGACAUAAGCGACACUUCUCACUUGAAAAUGCCGCUACAUCUGAGCAAGUUGAAAAACCUCCAAGUGCUAGUGGGAGCCAAGUUUCUUCUAGGUGGUUGGAGAACGGAAGAUUUCGGUGAAGCACAUUACUUGUAUGGAUCUCUAUCAAUUUUAGCGUUGCAAAAUUUGGUUGAUGGAAGGGAAGCUCAGAUGGCAAAGAUGAGGGAGAAGAAUCAUGUUGAAAACUUAUCGUUAGAGUGGAGUGAAAGUAGUGCAGACAAUUCACAAACUGAAAGAGACAUACUUGAUGAGCUACGCCCACACACAAACAUAAAAGAACUCAAAAUCUCCAGCUAUAGAGGGACACAAUUUCCAAAUUGGCUAGCUGAUCAUUCAUUUCUUAAGCUAGUGAAAUUGUCUCUUAGCUACUGCAAGGACUGUUUUUCCUUGCCAGCACUAGGACAACUUCCUUGUUUGAAAUUCCUUUCCAUUAGAGAGAUGCAUCGGAUAACAGAGGAAACGGAGGAAUUCUACUGUAGUCCGUCCUCCGAAAAGCCUUUUAACUCUCUUGAGAAGCUUAGAUUUGCAGAGAUGCCGGAGUGGAAGCAGUGGCAUGUACUGGGGAACGGAGAGUUUCCUGCCCUUCAGGACCUUUCCAUUAAAGAUUGCCCCAAGUUGGUUGGGAAGUUCCCCGAGAAUCUUUGUUCUCUGACGAAUUUGAGAAUUUCAGGAUGUCCUGAACUCAAUUUGGAGACACCCAUCCAACUUUCAAGUCUAAAAUGGUUUGAAGUUGAUAGUUCUCCUAAAGCUGGAGUUGUCUUUGAUGAAGCUGAAGUGUUUACAUCCCAACUUGAGGGAAUGAAGCAGAUUGAGGAAUUAGAUAUUAGUGAUUGCAACUCUCUUACCUCCUUGCCUACUGGCACUCUGCCGAGUACCUUGAAGACAUUAAGGAUGUAUCGCUCCCGGAAAUUCAAAUUGAAGACUUCAGUUGGUGAUAUGAUUUCUAACAUGUUUCUGGAGGAAUUGGCACUGGGUGGAUGUGAUUCUAUAUCAUCACCUGAGUUGGUGGUGCCAAGAGCACGCACUUUGCGUGUAUGGUGUUUCCAAAACCUUACUAGGUUUUUGAUUCCUAAUGGUACUGAAACCCAUAUGACGUCAUUGAUUACGGAAUGCAAAAAACUGAAGCGGCUGCGAGAACGUAUGCAGGAACUCCUUCCAUCUCUUAAGGAACUGCGACUGCCUUAUUGUCCAGAAAUAGAUUCCUUUCCUGAUGGAGGAUUGCCCUUCAGUUUACAACUCCUUUGGAUCAGGGAUUGCGAGAAACUGGUGAACGACCGAACGGAGUGGCGUCUACAGAGACUCCAUUCUCUCAGAGAGUUGUACAUCCGCCACAGUGGCAGUGACGACGAGAUUGUUGGUGGUGAGUAUUGGGAGUUGCCUUGCUCUAUUCGAAGGCUUACCACAAGCAAUCUGAAAACAUUAAGCAGCCAAGUUCUCAAAAGCCUCACCUCUCUUGUCUCAAAUUUACCUCAAAUUCAGUCACUGCUGGAACAAGGGCUUCCCUCCUCUCUUUGUAAGCUAUAUUUAUCUGAGCAUGAUGAGCUCCAUUCACUACCGACUGAAGGUUCGUCACCUCACUUCACUUCAAUGUCUACAGAUCUACUCCUGCCAUCAACUCCAAUCACUUCCCGAAUCAGGGUUUCCCUCCUCCCUCUCUAAGCUUACCAUCACGGAUUGCCCUAAUCUCCAAUCCCUUGCAGAAUCAGCUCUAUCCUCCUCCCUCUCUAAGCUUGCCAUCACGGAUUGCCCUAAUCUCCAAUCACUUCCAGUAAAAGGGAUGCCCUCUUCCCUCUCUGAAUUAUCUAUUC